CACCAAUGCUACGCUCAUUUGCCAGGACCACCUCGUUCAAGUUUCAUACUUGGCAACCUUCCAGACAUAUGGAAAUACAAGAAACUGACAGGCCGGACAUUUAUUGAGUUUGUUGUGGAACAACGAUUCAAGUAUGGAUCAAUCUUUAUGCUUACGCUGUUCCACAGAGCUGUGGUAUAUCUUGCUGAUCCAAGUUACGUCCGACAAGUGUUUAUAAACAACCACAAAUAUCUACACAAAGCAUCCUUUGUAUAUGAAAAAGUGGGGUUUAUAUUCGGCGAGAGAGCUCUGGGAUAUGGCUUAAUUACAAAUACUGACAAGUCAUCAUGGCGUAAGAGACGACAUAUUAUGAACCCUGCUUUUCACCGAAAAUGCUUAAAAGAUUUCAUGGGAAAUAUUAACAAUGUUUCCAAUAGAUUUUUGAUUCGCGUGGGCAAGGUAGCUGCUGAUGGAGAGCAUGUGAGUAUGGUUAAAGAGUUUACAAAUGUGACACUUGAAGCUAUUAGUCAAGUGUCAUUCAACAUCAAUACCAAUGCAAUUGAAGACCCUGAAUCACCAUUUCCCUCUGCAAUUCGCAACUAUCUCAGAGGAGUACAAGCAAACAUAGACAUUCCUUUACCUGCUGCAGUUUUGGGGAUUUUUCAAUUCGAAAUAUUUCAGAAAGAUUCGCAAAGAGUUCAAAUAAAUGCAGCAAAAUUCCUUCGACAAUUUGCGUUAGAGUGUAUUUUGGCACGAAAGAAGGAACUUGCUGGAAAAAAAGAAGCACCUAAUGACUUGCUAAGUCUUUUAAUUAAUGAUGGUAGCCUAACAAGCAUGGACAUCAUUGAUGAGUUUAUAACAAUAUUUUUUGCUGGCCAAGACACAACAGCAAACUCAUUCGCAUUUACCUUAUAUGAAAUCUUGAGCAACCCUCAUGUUGAAGAAAAGCUUUUGAAUGAAAUCAAAGAAGUGUUGGGUGACAGAGAGGAAGUCGAGUUUGAAGAUUUAGCAAAACUCAAAUAUACUGGACAGGUAUUGGCAGAAAGUCUACGGAAACACCCUGUUGUCAUAGGCAUUCCAGGAAGAAUUUUAGGUAAAGAGAUUACAAUUGGAGGUUAUAAAAUAUCAAAAGGAAGUUUGCUUUCUACUUAUUCCCUUAUGAUGGCUAUGAAUCCUGAAAUUUGGAAAGACCCUGAAGUUUUCAAUCCUGAAAGAUUUGCUGAUCCUGCAAGCAUCCCAAACUUGAGCACAAUAUAUUUUCCUUUUUCUCUUGGACCUCGUAAUUGCAUUGGGCAAACAUUUGCAAAGUUUGAGUCCAAAGUAAUCCUGGUGAAACUGCUUCAAAAGUUUCAACUCAAGCUUUUGCCUAAUCAAACUGAUAGAAUGCUCCAAAGAACGAUCAUGACACCUCGAGAUGGUGUGAUGUGUGAAAUUAACAAACGUGCUGAUGGGUAAUGUAGUGUCUGAUUAUUUUGCAAUCAACCUACAGUGAUGUCUUGAAAAGUUAGUUUCAGUUUAAACUUCUGCCAAAUCAAAUUGACCAAAUGUAAUUGGAAAGGGCAACUAUAACUAUAACACCUUGAGAUGGUGUGAAGUUCAUAGGCAUUUUUAAGAUUGGGUAUGAUGAACAAUAAUUUACUGUUUAAUGAUCAUGUAAAAAUUAUGUGUUUAUUGCUGGUGAUAGACCAAGAUGUACUUGAUGGGAUUUAAGAAUUUUAUUUGAUAGACUAGCCCUAAUUAAAAGAAAGGCUUGCAAAGUUCACAAAACCUUGUCCUUUGUAAAACAUCCAAAAUUUAGAUAGAGGAAGUUAGACUUUGUGCAUGCUUUUGUUAUUUUGUAGAUUUACACUAAUCUUCUACACUAUAAUAGUUAGAACUUGCACAGCAGGAUUUAUAUAAAUAUACACCAUAAUGAACACCAUGUCAACCUAAUUGACUGUAAAACUAAUCGUUUUAGAAACUCGUUUUUACCGUUUAUUAUCGUAGCUUAUAAUGACUCGUUAAAGUAGUUUUUAGAAUUUUUUUAAAAAUAAUUUCCCAAGUAAAUUUCCUUUCGUAAAUUCAAUAUUUUUACUGUGUAUUUGUA